UUGCAGAGCGGUUUUAUUUUGCCGUUCCUGCGUUGUUGCUGCUUUGAGGUAGGUGAAUGAACUGGUAGCGCUCACAAGCAGCGCUGACAGUGAAGCUGCACACACGUUCACAUUAAGCACAAGACAGCAUGGGCAUCAAAAUGAAACGACACGAUUUUGAAUGGGUGUACACGGACCAGCCUCAUACGCAAAGGAGAAAAGAAAUGUUGGCUAAGUAUCCAGAGAUCAAAUCACUGAUGGGACCCGAUCCUAAUCUAAAAUGGAUUGUGUUUGGAAUGGUCCUUACACAGACCAUUGCAUGCUUCUUUGUGAAAGAUUUGUCUUGGAAAUGGAUUAUAUUCUGGGCUUAUGCCUUUGGAGGUGCUGUCAACCACUCACUGACUCUGGCCAUUCACGAUAUCUCUCAUAAUGUUGCAUUUGGCAAUAAGCUGGCAAAAUGGAACCGAUUAUUUGCAAUGUUUGCUAAUCUACCAAUUGGAAUGCCGUAUUCUGCAUCAUUCAAGAAAUACCACAUAGAUCACCAUCGAUACCUGGGAGGUGAUGGCUUAGAUGUAGACAUCCCAACAGAAAUGGAAGGAUGGUUCUUCUGCACUCCAUUUCGCAAAACAAUUUGGCUUAUUCUCCAACCCCUUUUUUAUGCGCUCAGGCCCCUUUAUGUUAACCCUAAACCCAUUACAAGGUUAGAGGUGUUGAAUGCUGUGGUGCAGUUUGCAUACGAUUUUCUCAUCUACUACCUAUGGGGCUUGAAACCAAUAGUAUACUUGGUGGCAGGCUCACUUCUAUGUAUGGGUAUCCAUCCAAUCUCUGGACAUUUCAUUGCCGAACAUUACAUGUUUCUGAAGGGGCAUGAAACCUACUCGUAUUAUGGUCCUCUCAACUGGAUAACCUUCAAUGUUGGAUACCAUGUUGAACACCAUGACUUUCCCAGUAUUCCUGGCAGUAAACUACCAUUGGUGAAGCAGAUUGCUCCUGAGUACUAUGACAACCUGCCCCAGCACUCUUCGUGGGUGCGUGUGCUCUGGGACUUUGUUUUUGAUGACAGCAUUGGUCCUUACUCCAGGAUUAAGAGGGAGUGCAAGCUGGUAAAAGAUGACUGAGAAAUAAAAGAAAUCCUGUGAUUCCUGGAAAUCAUUAACAAAACCCUGAAAAUCUGGAAAAAAACUGUGCCAGGUUUGUUAACUCAUGAUUUGGAGAUAGCGGUGUUGGACUGGGGAGUACAAAGUUAAAAAUCACACAACAUCAGGUUAUAGUCCAACAGGUUUAAUUGGAAGCAAUAGCUUUUGGAGCACUGCUCCUUCAUC